CCGAGACCGAAAGUAGAUCCGCCGGGCCUACGCCGCCCGCGAGCGGGCACCCGACGGCGAUGCAGCUUGUACGCACGGUUUUCGAUGUGGAUGCGAAGCAACAUACAAUGCCAAUUUCGGAAAGACGCAAGAACAAGGCAAAAAGUAGUUGCUCUGUUGGUGAAAUAAAAGGGAAACCAGACUUGAAGAUAAACCAAGCCUCCAGGAGCGUCCUUAGCACCGGACGCGAGAAAGCAGAUGUCUCGUGCAGCACCGGACGAGAGAGUCCGGUGGGUGCGCCUUCUGAAGCGGACCAGAUAGCAGCGCGACGACACAGUCUUUGUUCAGAAGCGUUUUCAAUUUCGCCGGACCGCGACGCUCUUCUUGAGCCUAGGACAUCGACGCCUGCGGACGAGACGGACGAGCAAAUCAGUGAUGGCCGACGUGUUGGGGCAACUAGGGCAACGGGUAUUCGCGCUCGCAUACAGGAUGUGGUACCAACGCCUCCGGACGAGCAGUACAAUUUUCCAGAUGCAAAAUCAGAAGACCUACCAGUCACAACUGAUCAUGAAGCCGACGCGGAGAGGUUUCGUGCGCGACGACGCGGCUCCUCGUCCUUGCUGGUGGAGCUGCAGUGGCUUUUUUCUGGUCCGGCUGCAAACACAAGUCCACCUGGCGCAGUCCUCAUGGGAGAGCAAAGAACCCGCAGUCGACCCGUCGUGCGCACGCUUACUUCCGA